AUGAGUAAAAUUCUAAAAAAGGGAAACAAAUUAGUUGAAACCAUACAAAAGACUGUUCCAAUGGACAAGCUUAUUGGAUUACAAGAUUUCUAUUUGAUGAAGCAAAGAACACAAUUUGCGAUUAGAGAUGUACAAGCAUACCACAUUAAAAACACUGACAUGGUUCUUGUCCUGGGGUCUCUUGAUUUAGCCGAAAAAACAGCCAAGCAAGCAGCAGAAAAGAGAAAGGCAAGAUUACAAGCAAUGGCACAGGAACAACAGCACCAGUGCACAGAACAGUGUGGACAUGCUGAAGCAGCCCCACAGGAAGAGGAUGUAGUAGAGGAUGCACCAGUAGAAGAAUCCAAGGAAAGCGCCGCUUCUGACAUAAACAUUACAGAAGAGGACAUCAAAGUAGUAAUGGAGCAGGGAGGAGUCAGCAGAGAAGAGUCAAUUAAACUAUUGAAGGAAAAUGGGGGUGACCCUCUUUCCAUUCUCAUGUCACUCGGGAAGUAACCAGAAAUAAAUUAAUUACCGGA